CUCAGAUCAGAAGCUACCUAAUCAAUUAAGAAGAGCAGCAGCCUUGCUUAAUCAACCGUGAGCUCCCUUCCGCAUCAUCUCAUCAAGGUCAACCAAUGGCGUUUCUGGGAGGAUCCUUGGGCGUGGCAAGGAGUAUCGGCAGCCGGAAGAUGAUGGAGGGGAAGAGCGAUGGCGGGUCGGGGUCGUGGCAGCAGGCGCCGGCGCCCGUGAGGCAGCUGUUCUGGAGGUUGAGGCGCACCAUGCUGAGGCCGAAGCCCCGCGCCAUGAGUUGCGGAUACGACCUCAAGAGCUACUCCCAAAACUUCGAUGACAGCCUCGUCCCUGCCCACCGCCUCUAGCGACACCAGAAAGGUCGUGUUCUUCUUCUUCUUCUUCUUCUUCUUCUUCUUCUUCUUCUUCUUCUUUCUUCUCAAUAUUACUCACCGCCCGGCCGGACCACAGCUCGGGGCUGGAGAGUUUGAAGCGUUGCCACCUUGUACAUCACAUAGUUUGAUGUGUACUAUAGUAUAGACAUUACUGUUCGAACACAAGUUGCUUAGUGUUGAAAGUCUGAAACUACCAAUGAGAUGACAGACACACAUGGUGUAUCUAAUGUGUUUCCUUCUAUGUAGUCCC